ACUCUCGUUCAUAGGUUAGAAGGCAUGAUUUGGUAAACAGGUAAAACUCCCGAGAAAAAAAGCCACGCUGCUCGCGAGCCGUUCCGCUCUCCUCAGUACUCUCUCAAACCCUAUCUCUCUUUCGAUUCAAGAAGAAUCAGAUAAUCAGGUCUCACUCGCUCUCUCAUGGCUUCGAAGAAGAAAGAAGCAGAAGGUAUUGCUCUCCUCUCCAUGUACAACGACGAAGACAUGGAUCCCGACGAAGACGACCAAGACGACGACGACGACGACGACGAAGAAGAAGACGAAUACAUCCAAGACAAAGACGCUGAUCGAAACGAACCCUACGAUCCAAGAAACGAAGAUAGGUUUACUUCCGACUCCGCCCCUGAAACCACGCCGCCCCUUCCCCAAUCUCAAACCCCCAUCCCUACCAACGAGGAUCCAACCGUUAAAAGUCCUGCCCCACCAACACCCCAGCCCCAUCUCCCGCUAUCCUCCCCGCCUCUACCUCCUCCCCCGCUUCCUGCUUCAGAUACUUCGGACGCUCCGACCUCAAGGACACAGCCUCGCGGAAUUGUCGAUUACGCCCAUGACGAGACUGCGAUGUCUCCUGAAGCUGAGGAGGGUGAAAUCGUAAGCACUGGCCAUUUAAUGCUCGGAUCAGAACUUCAAGUUACUGGCGGGAAUUUCCUGGAGAAAACACCUCCAGGAACUGUUCAUAUCUUAACACCAAGCAUUCAAGCAACUCCUCCUCAACCAUCUGAACCACAGGCUGAACAACAACAGGAGCAAUCCAAAUCCGAGAACAGUGCAACAAUGAACAACUCUAGAACUGAACCUGAAGCUGCUCAGAUGGAAGUAGAUGUUGAGGUUUCUGUAGAAAUAGAAAAAGAAAAUGUUGAUCCACUAGAAAAGUUUCUUCCCCCGCCACCGAAAACCAAGUGCCCUGAGGAGCUACAGAAAAAAAUAAAUAAGUUUCUUGAUUAUAAGAGAGCUGGAAAGAGCUUCAAUGCUGACCUGCGUAAUAGGAAGGAUUAUCGCAACCCUGACUUCUUGCUGCAUGCUGUGAGGUAUCAAGAUAUAGAUCAGAUAGGGACUUGCUUCAGUAAAGAUGUGUUUGACCCUCACGGGUAUGACAAGAGCGACUACUAUGAUGAAAUAGAGGCUGAUAUGAAGCGUGAAAUGGAAAGAAAGGAACAGGAAAAGAAAAGGGCUCAGAAAGUUGAAUUUGUUCAAGGGGGCACACAGCCUGGAAUUGUUGGUCCAGCACCAAAAAUCAGUACACAAAUCCCAGUUGCAGGAGUUUCAUCUGUUGCUAGUGGAUUGCAUUCAAUCUCAACUGCUACUGAUGCCAUGCCAAGAGAGAGUAGGCAGAACAAGAAAACAAAGUGGGAUAAGGUGGAUGGUGACAAGAGGAACCCUUUGCACUCUGGUGGACAAGAUGCUACUAUUUCUACUGCUGGUGCACAUGCAGCUCUUUUAUCUGCUGCUAAUGCUGGUGCUGGAUAUACUGCCUUUGCGCAACAGAAGCGAAGAGAAGCAGAAGAGAAAAGGUCGAGCGAGAGGAAGUUGGAGAGACAAUCAUAAACCCGAUUUUGGUGCUGGGAGUCUCGAAAAUUUUAGGCAUUUGUUAAUCUGUAUUUCAAGCAUUGUGAUGCACAUUGGAUUUGUUGAUAUGUAUAUGGCCAUUCAGAAGUGGAUGCAACGGUGCGAUUGUUGUAGUCUUGUAUCGAGUUAAGAGCAGUAGUAACUAACAAAUAGAAAUUUGUCUCUA